AUGAUGAAUAUUUCGCUCACUGUGUGGCAGAAAGUCCAGUUAUUUUACCAUGGGAUUUUGGAAAAAGGAGACAAAAGGACAGACAACUGGCUUCUGGUCUAUUCUCCUGUGCCAAUUAGCUGCGUCUUUCUGUGUUACUUGAUCAUUAUAUGGGUGGGGCCAAAGCUAAUGGCAAGGAGGCAGCCAGUCAACCUCAGAUCCGUCUUGAUACUUUACAACUUUGCCAUGGUCUGCCUGUCUGCCUACAUGUUCUAUGAGUUUACUACCUCUUCCUGGUUGGCAGGAUACAGUCUGCUGUGCCAGCCAGUCGACUACAGUGACAGCCCAUUGGCCAUGAGGAUGGCCAGAGUGUGCUGGUGGUUCUACUUCUCCAAAUUUAUAGAGCUUUGUGACACUAUAUUUUUUAUCCUAAGGAAGAAGAACAGUCAACUGACCUUCCUCCAUGUCUACCAUCACGCCACGAUGAUCUUCAACUGGUGGGCUGGGGUUAAAUAUGUGGCUGGUGGACAGUCUUUCCUGAUAGGUCUGAUUAACUCCCUCGUCCAUAUAGUGAUGUACAUGUAUUACGGCCUGGCAGCUGUGGGACCAAGCAUGACUAAAUACUUGUGGUGGAAACGUUACCUCACCACCCUACAGCUGCUCCAGUUUUUCAUAGUGACUAUCCAUACCACCUACAAUCUGUUUGCUGACUGUGACUUCCCUGACUCAAUGAACAUCACUGUUUUGGCAUAUUCUCUCAGCCUCAUCAUUCUCUUCAGUAACUUCUACUACAGAAGCUACCUCGUCGAAAAGAACAAGAAAACUUAA